AUGUCCAUUUUAACUGCUGCCUCACGAGUAAAUGAUAAGAAAAGACAGAUAAUAUCUUAUUUACGAUUAACCAGGAUUUCAAAUUUAUCCAUUGCCUUAAAAACACAGAUUAAAAUGUUCAUGAAUCAAGUAUCAGUUUUUGAAUCAGACGAAAUUACAGCUUAUGGAAUUUUCAAUAUUAAUUUGAAUCUAGUUAUAUCAAUAACAAUAUUACUUAUUUCUGCAAUAGCAACAUUGAUACAAAUGAAAGAACACCCAUUUUUAGUGCAUACAUUGAAUACUACGAAGAAUUUCUUUCAACACUUAAAUAUAUCAGUGUAG